GAGACCACGAAAUCGAAAGCAAAAGGCGGCAGCAGGGAGCGGGCAGUGAGAGCGGUUCCCGGCGGGCCGGGCAGGGCAGAGCUCCCCGAGGGACCGGCGCUCCGCUCCGUGCGCCGGCAGCACCGCAGGGAUGGAUUCGGAGGAGGACUCGUUCAUCCGGCUGCUCCCCCAGGAGGGSCCGCAGGAUGGCGGCUCGGAGAGCCCCGAGCAGCUCCGGCUGGAGAUCGAGCGGUGCAAGGAGCUUUAUAGUGCYCUGGAGCAAGACCGUGCCAAACUACAAAUGGUCAAGGAAGCUGUAGAUGCAAGGAUACAAGAGCUGAAGAAAGAAGAACUUAAUAAAAUGUUUGAACAACAAAUGUCKUUAACUGGAGAUAUAGAGAGAGCCCACCAGAUUUUUGCAGCAAAAGAUGAGAACAACAGACUGAGGCAGGAGAAGCAGUUCCUGAAAAAUAAAGUGGAUGAAUUGAAGAAGCGGGUCCUCUGGAAUGAUCCUGUGAUGAUGCUGUCUGCCUUGCCGGAAAAGAAAAUGAUCUUUAAGGGACACAUAGCAAACAAGGAGGACAUGAAUAAGCUGAUGCUCACCCCACUGAUCCACUACCCUCUGCCGGGGGGCUCUGCUCUCGUCACCUUUGAGGAGGCAGAGGUGGCCCAAAGGAUCAUCGAGAUGAGGGAGCACAUGGUGGAGCUGAACUGUGGGGAGGAGCUGGAGGAGCUCGACUGGUGCAGAGUGCGAGUGCAGGCAGUGCCAGUGGAGAUACUGCUGCCGUCUGCCCUGGAGAUCAGGCUGACACAGAACAGCAGGAGCAUCCUUGUGUCUGACUUGCCCAGCCUGGACAUGUCGAAGGAUGACCUGCUGGACAAGCUGGAGCUCUUCUUCAGCAAGACAAAGAAUGGGGGCAGCGAGGUGGAGAGCAGGGAGUUCCUGGAUAACUCCAGCCAGGUGGUGCUGACCUUCGCACAGGAUGGAGUGGCAGAGCGGCUGAUCGAAAAAGGACAUACCCAGGCAUUUAUUAAAGGAGGAGAAUACAAAGUCAAAAUAUCACCAUGCAUGAAUGGAGACAUCACUAAGCUGCAGCUCCAGCCCUCCCGCUGCCCCAGGACUGUCCUGCUCUUGGGCAUCCCCGAUGUGCUGAGUGCGGAGUCCAUGAGGGACACCCUGGAGAUCCAUUUCCAGAAGGCCAGCCGCGGCGGCGGGGAGGUGGAUGCCCUGGCCUACGUCCCGGCAGGGCACACGGGGGUGGCCGUGUUCGUGGAGGACACGGGUUAGUCCCGCUCAGCAGAGCCUGAGGAGCUCCGUGCGUCCGUUGGGCACAGCGUUAAUUAAAGCAUCUGUUGGGAGCAGCGUGUGUGUCGUGUUGGGAA